AUGGACCGCUUCCAGGACGGGCACUACGUGCGGCUGCGGAGCCGCGUGCACCGCACCUACCUCCACGCCGACGCCGACGGGGAGACCGUCACCCUCAGCCAGCCCCGCGCCUCCAUGAACGCGGCGUGGCGGGUGCACAUCUACAACGUCCAGGGAGGAGACGUCGACGGCGAUGGCUCCGGCAAUGGGGACGGCCCGUACCUGCUCCUCCACAGCGCCGCCAACGGCCGCUACCUUGCCACCACGGACAUGCCAGCGCGGCCCGGCCUCAUCGGCCUCCGCGCGGAGCUGCGCGACUACGACCAGCCGGAGGUGGAGGCCAUCAGGUGGGAGGCCGUCGGGUCAGGCUUCGCGGACGACGUCGUCCUGCUCCGCCACGUCGACGGCCGCUACCUCCGCGCCAACGGAAGGUACCUCCACUGGAACUCCACCGGCAUCAGCGUCGACGACAGCGUCAGCUCCAUGAUGCACUGGAUCGUCGAGACCAUCCCCUUCAGAGAGGCGGGCAUGCCUGCCAUUCCUGGCCCUCUUCCGAAUGGCCCAAGGUUCUCCUCCAUAUUCAGUUCUGUCGGACGGCGCAUCCGGUUCGUGCGGGCGCUGGAGGACGGGGACUACCCCCCUGAGGUCAACAGCUGGCGCCAGUUCUGGUUCAGGGGGAGAUCGGCUUUCAGCCUGAGAGGCAACCUGGCGGCCCACGUCGUCGUCGACGACCAGAACAUCGCCAUGUGCGUCCGAGCGGGCCGCCACGGGAGGCUGACCCCGCUCGUCGUCAACCUGCCCGACGGUGGCUAUGGCGGGACCCUCGAGAUCGUCGUCUUCGUGAUCGGGACCCCUGGCUACAAUGCGCUGCAAUACCCAGAUGUCGAUGCACAGUAG